AUGAGUCCACUGAGGGGUUUCUCCUGGCUUUUGAUGUUCCUCUAUGCAGGCGGUGCAAAGGUCGACAAUGUGUCGUCGCAAACCUGUCGUCAUCCGUGUGACGAGCUGGUGGGGGUGCUGACGGAGAUCCACGGCCUGCGCAUUGUGACCGGCAACCUGCUGGAAGACCUGGAGAGAGUAACUAAAGAAAAUGAAGAGAUGCGCAUAACUUUGGAUGAGCUGAGCAACAGCAGCAGCAGCAGCAUCAGCAGUUACAUCAGCAAGAGUGACAUCAGAAGCAUCAGUGGCGAUGGCGAUGGCGGCGGCGGCGGUGAUGACAGUGAUCUUGACAGGGACAGAGACGGCGAGCUCUGGUGUUUGCAGGACGGACGAGUGUACGAGCAGGGAGAGGACUGGGAGGUUGACAGCUGCACCUCCUGUACAUGUCGGGAUGGAGAGGUGGUGUGUCAGCAGGUGUCGUGCCCUCCUGUUUUCUGCGUCCACACCUCCUUUAUUGAUGGAGGUUGCUGCCCUGUCUGUGUCGAUAACGAAGACGGCUGGUCCCCCUGGUCUGAGUGGACUCACUGUUCUGUCACCUGUGGACGUGGAGGGCAGCAAAGAGGCCGAUCAUGCAACGGCAUCAUGCCGUCCUGUGCCGGCCCAUCGGUUCAAACACGCAGCUGCAUGCUGAUGAAAUGUGACCGCAAGGUGCGUGCUGACGGGAACUGGGGCCUUUGGUCUCCUUGGUCCCCUUGUACAACGACAUGCGGAGAGGGAAGCAUUACACGGGUACGUCUGUGCAACAACCCUCCACCACACAAGGGGGCCAGAGGGUGCUCAGGCGGUGCCAUGGAGACACGACCUUGCAACAACACACUCUGCGCCAUUGCUGGAGGCUGGGCCACCUGGUCUGAAUGGUCAUUGUGCUCAGAGUCUUGUGGGGGAGGUCUUUCAAGUCGCCAGAGAGCGUGCUUGAACCCUGCCCCUCAGAAUGGUGGGAAGACUUGUGCUGGAGACGCUGUGGACUAUGAGUCUUGUAACAAACAACCAUGUCCUAUAGACAUGUGCUUGCUGUCAAGUCCAUGUUUUCCUGGUGUGGCGUGCACAUCACAUACUGAUGGAUCCUGGGAGUGUGAAGGCUGUCCAGUGGGUUUAAAUGGCAAUGGUUCUCACUGUGAAGAUGAAAAUGAGUGUGAAGUGGAGGGUGUGUGUGUUACAGAGUGUGUCAACACAGACCCAGGGUUUUACUGCCUGCCCUGUCCUCCUCGUUAUAAAGGCACACAGCCAUAUGGCCUCGGACUGCAGGAAGCCCAGAAAACCAGACAGGUGUGUGAACCAUACAAUCCUUGCAAAGACAAGACACACACCUGCCACAAGUAUGCUGUAUGUGUGUACCUGGGUCUGGCAUCGGAGGUCUUGUACAAGUGUGGGUGCGCCACUGGGUUUGCAGGCGACGGGUUUUUGUGUGGCGAAGACUCGGACCUGGACGGAUGGCCCAACAACAAAUUGACCUGCAAGCAAAACGCGACCUAUCACUGUCAAAAGGACAACUGCCCCAGGCUACCGAACUCUGGCCAGGAAGACCUGGACAGGGACGGACAGGGAGACGCCUGUGAUUCUGAUGAUGACAACGAUGGCAUCAUAGAUGAGAGGGACAAUUGCCCACUGGUGUACAACCCUCGGCAGUACGAUUCUGACAGAGACGGGGUCGGGGACAGCUGUGACAACUGUGCGUUUGAUAGCAACUCACUGCAGGCAGACACCGAUGGCAACGGAGAGGGAGAUGCCUGCAGCAUUGACAUAGAUGGAGAUGAGGUUCUGAAUGACCGCGACAACUGUCCCUUAGUCUACAACACUGACCAGAGGGACACAGACCUGGAUGGUGUCGGAGACCAGUGUGACAACUGUCCCCUACUACACAACCCACUGCAGCUUGACUCUGACAGUGACCUAGUGGGGGACAUGUGCGACGACAACGAUGACAUUGAUGAGGACGGCCUCCAAAACUCUCUAGACAACUGUCCCUACAUCGCCAAUAGCAAUCAGGCCGACCAUGAUAAGGACGGGAAGGGAGACGCCUGUGACCACGACGAUGACAACGACGGUAUCCCUGACGACCGGGACAACUGCCGACUAGUGCCCAACACAGACCAGCUGGACUUGAAUGGUGAUGGCAGCGGAGAUGCAUGUUUUGACGACUUUGACAAUGACAGUGUUCCAGAUGCGCUGGAUCCGUGUCCACUGAACCAAGACAUUAGCUCUAUAGACUUCAGGAGGUUUCAGGUUGUUUUGUUGGACCCGAAAGGCACAACGCAGUCUGACCCCUUCUGGGUGAUCCGCAGCCAGGGCACAGAGCUGCUGCAGACAGCAAACUCCGAUCCAGGCAUCGCUUUAGGAUACGACAAGUUCAGUGCUGUGGACUUCAGCGCAACGUUUUAUGUGAACACCAACCGAGAUGACGACUACGCAGGCAUUGUGUUCGCCUACCAGUCCAGUCAACGCUUCUACGUGGUCAUGUGGAAACAGGUGACUCAGGCCUAUUGGGAGAAAAAGCCGUCCAAAGCUUUUGGAACAGCGGGAGUCUCCAUUAAACUGGUCAAUUCCACCACAGGGCCAGGGGAGUAUCUCCGCAAUGCCCUCUGGCACACCGGAAAUACCAGACACCAGGUCAGAACACUGUGGCAUGACCCCAAUAAAACUGGCUGGAAGGACUUCACAGCCUAUCGCAUGCACCUUACCCACAGACCCAAGACGGGGUUCAUCAGGGUGGUGGUGUAUGAGGGCAGGGAGAUUUUGACCGACUCAGGGGCAGUGUACGACCACACCCUGGCUGGAGGCCGACUGGGACUGUUUGUCUUCUCACAGGAACACGUAAUCUUCUCGGACCUCAGAUACGAGUGCAGAGAUAACUGA